GGCCGAGGCCGAGCAUAAAACUAGUUUAGUAUUAAAGGUGUCAAUUUUGAAAUGAGCGCGAUCGGGAAAAGAGUAUAAGGAAAUGGUUAAGAUUACUAGUAAUAAAUUUGCUCCUCUCGGUAAGGAAGUGGUUAAAAUCAAUUCUUUGUUUAUUUCAAUUUCAGAGCAUGUUGCAUUUCGUUUUGUACGGUCAUGGGGAAUGCUAGAUUCGUUGCCGAACUCGUUUGGGGAAAAGAGUAUAAGGAAAUGGUUAAGAUUACUAGUAAUAAAUUUGCUACUGGAUUCGUCAAGACAAGUUGCUUCUUAAUGUCAUGUUUGCCUCAAUUUCAUAGCAUGUUAAUUACCUUCCCUAUUGGGAUGGUGGAUUCACUCCCAAUCUCAUCUGGCGUCUCUGGAUUUGUCAAGCCAAUUUGCUUCUCAGUGCUCUGUUUGCUUCAAUUUCAUGGCAUGGUCUUUCCUUCGUCACUAUGGCAACCACAUCUCAUUGAGUUACAUCCCAACUAGCUGACCACCUCACAAGAUCAUUUGGUAUCUCUUGCUUCCAACUCCUACAGUCACAGAUUGAGGUCGUUGUCUACUCUUUCAUAUUGCAUGAUAACGAUACCUCAAAUAUUUUUCUCGGAAAUCCUCACCACCAUCAAAAGAUACAUGAUCUAGGAGAUUCAUGUACGAAUCUUGAUCAUUUUCUUAUAGGGUAAGUUGAUUAUUACUAGCAAGGAGGUCAGUAGUCGUACAAGUGUAAUGAAUCAUGAUCAAUGCAUGCAUUAAAUUUUCUAUGAAGUUUUUAUAUGAUUAACGAUAAGGCAUGAUAUCACUACAAAAUAUAUAGUAUGUGAAUCAUUAGUCACAAACCUCCAGGUCGUACUAACUAAUGUGCAUAUCAAAACCGAUAAAGUAGUAGUAAAUCACUAGUAACCAUCCCAUAUCACUACGAACUAACACUCCUAUAGACACAAUCACUAUUACAAGAAUGAUAUACCACAAUUGAAAAAGCAUCAAAUCGCUACUACCUAACAAGUAACAACCAUUACAAGUGAACCAAAUGGCCCUGGUGGGUUUGAUGACUUAUGUAGCAAAGACUUUGAACUUCAAUGAAUGUCUUAACUUUGAUUUUGAAGGAAUCAAUUUUCAACUUAGCGAACAUAUUUCUUUACAUCUCGCUCAUUUAAUCACGCUUUUUCUUUUCAUCCAUCCUCAAUCCAAGGUAGGUUUAAUUAUUUGUCUAUUUGCUUUAAUAACACCCUAAUUAACUAAGUUGAGUAGGACCAACACUAUAACCACAUUUAGAGUCCCACAUUUCAUUAAUUACUACGACAUAAGUAUAGCAAGCAAUGAUACCACUCUAUAGCUCGCAAGUGGCAUAAAUAAUGGAUGAGUGAUGUCGUGUAAACGAAGGAAGAACGGGACAAUUGAAAAUUCAUGGUGAUUGAUCGAUGAACCCCAAGAAGAGAAAGAUGAGGAUAGCCAGUGGGAUUAAUAGGAACUUGCUUGCUGCCCUUAUUUAUUGCCUGCCACUUGAGUUUUGUGUAUAUUAUUGUUGAUAGGCUUGAUGGCCGUAAUCCAAACAUAUAACAUAAUUAAUGGUGUGCCUUUUUGUCAAUUUGCCCGUUAAUUGUGAUUUUGUUUUGCCUUUUGGUGCAUGUGAUUGCUAAUCAUUGUGUUCUUUCCCAGACACAUGGCAGUAACGACUGCCUAGUAAUUUAAUGGCGAGACUAUGAUAUUACUCAUAAUACCGUUAGGCUUUGGGAUUCAUUUACCCUAUCAUCUUGUUGAUUAACGUUAGUGGAGUUGGUUACCAACAAGUCAAUUGGUUGCUUUAAUCCCUUUUUGGGCCACUCUGCAUACAUAUUGCAGUUAGUCGAAUGUUACUUUGACAAGAGAGACACACACAUAGCGCACUUUUCCCGGAUAUGGUUUUCUGAUUUAAUAAUGCUGCGGUCUCAAAUCUCCAUUCAGGAAUGUCAACCGGUCAAAAUGGAAUCAGAAUCACGGGAUGAGUUAACGGAGGAGGAAAACUGGCGUCACACACUUUCGAGUCAACCCACAAUAAGGUUCUCGAAUUGUAGAUCACAUAACGUUAAUUUUUCAUUUGGUUUGCGAAAUGCGCAUGUUUUCUUAUUUUUUUUCUUUUGUCUAAUCCGAUCUUUGGUCUCCUAAGUUCGCCAUUUUGAAUGUUUAUGUUAUAUGAGUGUGUUUAAAUUUUCAUCAUAUGUUGGAUCCAAGUACGAAUUGUUAUUUUGGUGUAAUGUUAUAUGUUAUUACCCAUAUGUUAGAUGAGAUUUGAUUGAUAUAAUUUAUAAAUGAUGAACAAUAUAAUGACUUUUUUCAUAUGUCCAUACUAAAGCGACCAGACCAUUAACACUCAACCCACUUGCUCGACCUAGCCAACGAGCUAAACUGGGUUAACAACUUUUGUGGCAGGGCCGACCCAUCACAUUCGGAGGCCCUAUUCGAAAAUUUAAAAUGUGAUCUUAAAAAAAAAUCCCGCAUAUUUAUAGAUAAUAAAAAAUACAUAAGUUUAGAAAUGAUUACAAAAGUAAUAAUAUCAUCUGUAGACACCACAUUUUGUCCGGGUUAAAACAACUUUGCUCAAAUAAAUGUUUAAGGUUUGAAAAAGCAAAUCUUAAUCGACCUACCAGUUAAAACGUGUUUGUGGUGCUUGAAAUGGAUCGUGUUCGCCCGAACUCAAGGGGAUUAGUAGAGCAAUGGUUAGGGCGAUGAAAGCUGCACUGGCGAGUUCUCGUGGGUUCAACCAUGGAAGGAUUACUUUCGCAAAGCGGAUUAGAGAAUUGGGUCUUCCACUCACAUUCUUCCUUCUUCCGUUGCUUCCCCGUCCCAAUUUCGGGAUUGUGGUGCCAGAGGUUGGAUUGAAGUUGGAGGGAGAUAAAGAGGUGGGAGGUAGAGGAGAUGGGCGGCAUCGAAUUCCUUCUUUGUCCUCGAGUUUGCGGCAGCUGUAGUGGUCGGGGUAGUGGCCGGCGGGGAAUUCUUUCUUUUCUCCUUCGAUAGGCGGAGCAGAGCAAGGGUUAGGGCGAUGGGCGAAGUAGAGAAAAAUUUGAGAUUGGGGGCAGUUGAUAUCGUUUUAGUGAUUCGAGUAGUAUCGUCUGUUAGGUAAGGUUAGGGAAUUUUUUUAAAAAAGUUAGAGCGUUAAAUAGAAGUUUAUUUAUUAAAUUCUAUCUGUUUGGGCCUCAUUAUUUUUCUUUAAGCUCGCCUAAUUUUAUUCAUUAUUAGACCUUCUAAUAAUGUAUAGGCAGCUGG